AUGCCCCGGGGGCGAAGGAAGCAGGGCCCGAGUGGCGGGGCCCGAGGGCAAACAGUGCUGAGUAAAUUCUUCUUGCCGUCUCGGUCAGCCGGCUCUGCCUCCUCGGCUUUUCCUGCCGGCGCCCUCAUUCCCGCCGAGGAGAGAAGCGAGGGUGGCGCGGCGGCUUCUUCUCUGUGCACGGAUCCUGAACCAGUUGGGAAAAGGAGAAGAACUGUAAAAAACAAAGUCCAACCUUCAAAGAAUUUGCAGGGUAGACAAAAGAAAGAGGGAGCUGGGGAGCAAAGAAAAUGUACCAACCCUCGAAUAUGUUCAGAAACAUUUCAUAAAUUGCGAGAAUUUUCUAGUGACUUUGAACAGCCGAGUCAUAGAAUUCAUUCAGAGAUUUCUCAUGGAAUCCCACUUGUGGAUUUGAAAAAAGGUCAGCAGUCAGUGGUUGGAAACAUUGACAUCGAUAAGGAAAAAACACGCCUUCAAUUAAAUCAAUUUUCUUCAUCAAAUACAAGUUGUGAAAAUAUUCAAAAUACUUCUGAUGUGAUUUUCAAUAAAAGAACCAAAAGUAUAUAUACACCACUUGAGCUCCAGUUCCUAGAAAUGAAAAAUCAAUAUAAGGAUGUUAUUUUAUGUGUUGAGUGUGGUUAUAAGUACAGAUUCUUUGGUGAUGAUGCAGAGAUUGCUGCUAAGGAACUGAACAUCUAUUGUCAUCAGAAUCACAACCUUAUGACUGCCAGCAUACCAACUCACAGGCUGUUUGUUCAUGUUCGGCGACUUGUAGCAAAGGGAUAUAAGGUAGGAGUUGUAAAACAAAUGGAAACGGCUGCCUUGAAGGCUGCUGGAGAAAACAAAAGCUCUCUCUUCACCCGAAAACUAACUGCUUUGUAUACAAAGUCUACAGUUCUAGGAGAAGAUGUGAAUCCUUUACUGAAGCUUGAUCAUCUUUCCGAUGCUGAGGAUGUAUCAUCUGAUGCCUGUGAUAAUUACCUUCUCUGUAUCUGUGAAAGCAAAGAAAGUUUCAGGGAGAGAAAGCAGGACAGUACUAUAGGUAUAGUGGCUGUCCAGCCUAGUACAGGGGAAGUUAUUUUUGACAGCUUUCGGGACUCUAUAGCUCGUUUAGAGUUGGAAAGUCGGCUCUUACGCCUGCAGCCUGUUGAAGUUCUUCUUCCUGCUGAUGUGUCAAAUCAAACUGAAAAUCUUAUCAACACUGUGAGUUCUGUAAGUUUACAGGAUGACAGAAUUCGAAUAGAAAAAAUGGAAAACAAACAUUUUGAAUACAGCAGUGCUUUCCAGCUGAUUACAGAUUUUUAUGGCUGUCAAGAACAUGAUAGCACAGGCUCCCAAACGUUGUCAGUCAUCUUGAACUUGGAUAAGCCAGUGUUAUGCUCCUUGGCUGCUGUGAUAACUUAUCUUAAAGAAUUUAAUUUAGAGAAAAUACUGCGUAACCCUAAUAAUUUUAAGAAGUUAUCAAGUGAAGCUGAAUACAUGAAACUCAAUGGAACUACAUUAAAAAAUCUAGAAAUCCUACAGAACCAAACUGACAGGAAAACAAAAGGCAGCCUGUUUUGGGUCUUGGAUCAUACAAAAACUUCAUUUGGACGACGAAAACUGAAGAAAUGGGUGACACAGCCCCUUUUGAAAGCCAGUGAAAUUGAUUCUCGACUUGAUGCGGUAUCUGAGGUUCUCAUGUCCGAAUCAAGCAUCCUUGGUCAAGUUAAGACUCUCCUAUAUAAGGUGCCAGAUAUUGAGAGUGGACUCUGUAGUAUUUAUCAUAAAAAGUGUUCUGUUCAGGAGUUCUACCUGGUAGUCAGCGUACUGUCUCAGUUGGAUGCUGCUAUCACAGCACUGAUCCCAGCAAUACGUUCUCAGGUGAAAGCAUCUUUGUUGCAGAAGACGCUCUUUGAAAUUCCAGAAUUGCUCUGCUCAAUGAAAAGUUAUUUAAGUAUGCUUAAUGAAGAAGCAGCCAGAACUGGAGACAAGACCCAGCUCUUCAAUGAUCUAAAAACCUUCCCCACAAUAAAGAAGCGGAAGGGUGAAAUUGAAGCAGUAGUCCACCAGAUCCAGUUACACCUACCUGAUAUAAGAAAAAAGCUAAAUGGUCUUUCUGUGGAUUAUGUAACAGUAUCUGGGCAAGAGUUUCUGAUUGAAGUCAAGAACUCACUGAUAUCUUCCAUACCAACUGAUUGGAUUAAAGUUAGCAGCACAAAAACCGUCAGCCGUUUCCACACUCCAUUUGUUGUAGAAAAUUACAGACGUCUGAAUCAGCUGCGUGAGCAGCUAGUCUUUGACUGCAGUGCUGAAUGGUUACGCUUUUUAGAUCAUUUUAGUGAACAUUAUCACUCUGCCUCUAAAGCUGUGGAUCACCUAGCAACUGUGGAUUGUGUCUUUUCCUUGGCUGAGGUUGCUAAACAAGGGGACUAUUGCAGACCAGUCAUAAAAGAUGACAGAUCAGAGAUAAUGAUAAAAAAUGGGAAACACCCAGUGAUUGACUUGUUGUUAGGGGAGCAAGAGCAGUACGUUCCAAAUGAUACCUUCUUAUCGGAAGACAAGCAAAGGACAAUGAUAAUUACUGGACCUAAUAUGGGUGGAAAGAGCUCCUAUAUAAAACAAGUUGCGUUGAUAACAAUCAUGGCACAGAUUGGCUCUUAUGUACCAGCUGAGGAAGCAUCUGUUGGUAUUGUGGAUGGUGUAUUCACCAGAAUGGGUGGCACAGACAAUAUAUUCAAAGGUCACAGUACAUUUAUGGAAGAACUGAUAGAUACAGCUGAAAUAAUUAGAAAAUCAACUUCACGUUCACUUGUAAUUUUGGAUGAACUUGGGAGAGGAACCAGCACACAUGAUGGAAUUGCUAUUGCUUAUGCUACUCUAGAACAUUUUAUUAAAGAUGUGGGUUCACUGACGCUAUUUGUCACCCAUUAUCCCCCAGUGUGUGAACUAGAAAAGGUCUAUCCAAGUCAGACUGGGAAUUACCACAUGGCUUUUCUGAUAAAUGAAGAGGAUAGUGAAGAAGAAAAGGCAACUGAUCAUGAAGAAAAUCCUGGAUUUGUCACUUUCCUUUAUCAAACAUCAAGAGGAGCUGCCGCGAGGAGUUAUGGGCUAAACGUUGCUAGACUAGCAGAUGUUCCUGAUGAAAUUCUGAAAAAGGCAGCUCACAAAUCAAAAGAGCUGGAGAGAUUAAUGAAUAUGAAAAGGAAAAGGCUGAUGUCAUUUGCUAGACUAUGGAACGCUAAUGAUGCUAGAGAUCUGCAAAAAUGGAAAAGUGUGUUUGAAACAGAAAUUGAUUGAACCAGUGGCAAAAAUGAUAAUGCUUGCUGAAUGAAGACUGGAAUGACAUAGAAUGUUUAAAAUUGCCCAUACAAA